AUGAAGAUCCCAACCAUCAUCCCUUUGGGCUCUCUGCUCGUAUUGCAGUAUGUUGCUCUCAGCAUCACCAUUGCCGUCUACCACCCACACGUCUACUUUCCCGGUAUCCGGAUAGUGGCAUUGCUAGCGUUGCUUGUCACGGAUGUGCUGGGCUACAUUCUGUGGCGAUCCUUGAUUCGACCCCAAUUUAGUGUCCUUCGAGAUCUCCCACAACCUUCGACGCGUGGUGGUCUUCUGACCGGCCACGUUGGAGCUGUAUUCAGUAUUCCCCUUGGCCGUCAAGUCGCAGACUGGGUCAACAACAUCCCGAACAAUGGCUUGGUGUGGUUCCGAGGCAUGCUGGGAGCAGAGUACUUGAUCGUGGCAGGAGCUGAAAGCCUCCGAGAUGUCCUGUUCGCAAGAGCCUACGACUUUGAAAAGACUAGCGCGUUCCGGCGAUACACGAGACGUUUCAUGGCCGCAGGGCUUGUCACGCAUGAGGGGGACUCCCACAAGCGCAGAAGAAGGGCUAUUGCCCCCGUAUUUCAGCCUCGUAACGUCGAUGCUCUCAAACCCAUGCUCUCCGAGAAAUCAGAGAGGUUAAUCCAAGCUUUGAGUCGCAAGGCUGCCUGGGAUCAGGGGUCAGCAUCGCAGACGAAUGACGGCACAGUAAUCGACAUCUGUGAUUGGGCUACGCGAUUCGCCCUGGAUGUCGCGUGUGUUGUCGGUUUCGGAGACGACUGGGGAUUGGUUGAAACGCCAGAGGUCAAGCCAAUCCUGGCCGCGUACCAGACUAUCUUUACAGGUUCGAAAACCAAGAUGAGCCAAUAUGCGUGGCAUAACACUGCUCCACGCUGGCUGGUUGAUGCUUUCCCCCACCAAUUGGAUAAAUCCAUGGACGAGGCUGCCCGGACGGUCAAUGCAAUCUCCCUGCAGGCAGUGAUGAAGCGAGUGCAGAAGCUUGAGAGAGGUGAAAAGUGCCCGCAGGACUUCUUGACUGAAGUCAUCCAGUCCAAAAAGUUCACUCCGCAAGAGUGCUCGGAUGAACUGCUCAUUCUGAUGGCCGCUGCCCACGAAAGCACCGCCGCGCUCAUCGCCAUGACCGUCUACCAGCUCACCCAGAACCCCCAGCUGCAGGCCCAGCUUCGGGAAGAGCUCGCCUUCUUCGGCCUGCGCGCCGGUAGCGCCCCCAUCAACGAAUCCCAGUAUGAGCACAUGACUCUGCUCAACGCCGUCCUCAGCGAGAUGAUGCGCCUUGAGCCACCUCUGCCAAUUACAUUGCGCAAGACCGUCCGCAACACUUCCAUCGCCGGCCACCCCGUCCGAGCCGGCACCUAUGUCAUUAUCUCUCCCUACGCCAUGGGCCGGUCCCAAGACAUCUGGGGCCCCACCGCCUCACACUUCAACCCCCACCGCUGGAUCGACCCUCCGGCCGCCACUAUCAACAGCGAGAAGCCCGCCACGGCUGCUGCUGCUGCUGCUGACGACGCCUCCCCACCCUUCGGCACGCUCAACGAGCACGGCGGCGCCGCCAACCACUACGGCAUGCUGACCUUCCUCAAGGGCCCCAAGGGCUGCACGGGCGAGCGCUUCGCGAAAGCCGAGCUGCGCCGCGUCAUUGCGUCGUUGGUCGCCAACUUUGAGUGGACGCUCGAGCAGAGCCAUCGGCCUGAGCAGGUCGGCAUUGUGGUGGUGAAGCCGGAGAACGGCAUUUCAGUUCGGUUCCGAGCUGUCAGCACGCCGGAGCCUGAGAUGGAGGGAGAAAAUGAAAAGGGGGAUUUGCUGCUUUGA